GAAUACUGUGGCCCCGGUAGAUGUCACGUACUUCAAUAUUCUCCUCUUGUAAGUUAUGACUAUUUUUGGUAGAGAAAAUCCUGAACUCCAUCUACCAUUAGAUUGCUGGUGUUUUUUGACGCAAUUCACAUAAACAGUUGUGUUAGUUAAGUUGGGUCUCAGAAAAAAGAGUUAGGUUGAUAAUUAUUUCGAGUAAUUAAACCCGAAAUGAAGAGCACCAAUAACAGUUUCAACUGCUUAUUUCUUGUCUGUCUACUCCUACUUGUGUCUGUAAAUUCCUUUGAGGAACAGCAGAUUGUUAAGAGAUCAGAAUUCCCAGAUGGGUUUCUUUUUGGAGCUACAACUUCUGCUUAUCAAAUUGAAGGGGCAUUUCUUGAAGAUGGCAAAGGACUGAGUAAUUGGGAUGUGUUUAGUCAUACUAAAGGUAGGAUAAAGAAUGGAGAUACUGGAGAUAUAGCGGAUGAUCAUUACCAUCGUUUUCUGGAAGAUGUUGAGUUAAUGCACUCUCUGGGGUUGAAUUCCUAUCGCUUCUCCAUCUCAUGGAGCAGAAUCCUUCCUAGAGGAAGGUUUGGUAAAUUAAAUUUUGCUGGUAUUAUCUUCUACAACAAGCUCAUUGAUUCUCUCUCACUCAAAGGAAUAACACCAUUUAUGACUCUCAAUCACCAUGACCACCCCCAAGAACUCGAGGAAAAAUAUGGGGGGUGGCUUAAUCCUCUAAUGCAGGAAGAAUUUACCUAUUUUGCUCAAAUUUGUUUCGAGAGUUUUGGUGAUAGAGUGAAGUAUUGGACCACAAUCAAUGAGCCAAAUAUGUUUGCAGAAAUGGCCUAUGUGAGGGGAGUGUACCCACCUGCUCAUUGUUCCCGUCCUUUUGGCAACUGUUCAGUGGGAAAUUCUGAUACCGAACCUCUUAUUGCAAUGCACAACAUAUUAUUGGCACACGCCAAGGCUGCAAAACUGUAUCGCGAGCGUUUUCAGUCUAAACAUGGUGGAUUGAUAGGGAUUGUUGUGCAUGCAUUUAUGUAUAAACCGUUAAGGAAUGAUGACUUUGACCGUGACGCUGCUAAUAGGGCUUUGGUAUUUACCGCUGCUUGGGUUUUUGAUCCUUUAGUAUAUGGAUAUUACCCUCGAGAAAUGCGCCAAUAUCUUGGAAGUUCACUGCCGAGAUUCACCUCAGAUGAAAGAAAGCUUAUCAAGGAUAGUAUUGACUUCAUCGGAGUAAACCACUAUGGCACUCUAUAUGCUAAGGAUUGCAUAUAUUCGAGCUGUGUUUGUUCCAAUUCUAGUUGUAUUGCAGGUGGAGAUCACCCUAUCCAUGGCUAUCUCAUUACUCUAGGAGAGAAAGAUGGUGUUCCUAUUGGAGAACCGACAGGAAUGCCUCGAUUUUUUGUCGUUCCUAGAGGAAUGGAGGAGAUUGUGGACUAUAUGAAGAAGAGAUAUCCUAACAAACCUAUGUUUGUUACUGAAAAUGGUUACUCUUCCCUAAAUCCUACUACUGCACAAGCAGCUGAGUUACAGCAUGAUAUUAAGCGAGUUGAAUUUCAUAAGUCAUAUCUUGCAUCUUUGGCUCGAGCAAUCAGGAAAGGUGCUGAUGUACGUGGUUAUUUCAUUUGGAGUUUGAUGGAUAAUUUCGAGUGGGCGAGUGGAUAUGAGUUGAAAUUCGGUCUAUACUAUGUUGAUCGCUCUACUUUAAAUAGAGUUCCCAAGCUUUCAGCUAAAUGGUAUAGAGAUUUCCUCACUGGCGAAAAAACAAGUAAUGCAAUUUCAUUCAAGCAUACACAAGCUCAGUUAUCACACAAAUAGUCACGCAUGCAUGCAUAAUCACACAAGAACAAUAAAUGAGAUGAGAGCUCUGUAAAAUUGAGAAAUUCCAGAUUUUUAUGCAUAAUCACACUUACAGUAAAUAAGAUGGCGGUUUCUGAUUUUGUUAUC